AUGGAGGCGGUCUGCGCCGUUCACGACCUUCCGAGAUUCAAGUCAACUUUCGACGCUUGGACCUCUCUCAACCUGGAUAUCCAUGAGCUCGACUCCGUGAUGAUCCAGGCUGUCAGACAGGAUCAGAAGGAUGUGGUCGCUGAAUUGUUGCAGCAGGGACUGUCGAUAAGACAUAGAUCAAAGGAAUUUCUCAACAUCCUCCUACAACAUGGAUGGGAUGUUAACCAACCGACAAGCGAAUUAAAGCCCCCAGCGCUCGGGUAUGCCAUGGACGACUACGAGAUGACGCUUUGGCUUCUUGAUCACGGAGCCGACCCAAACAAGCAGUGCUCUAUUGAUCUGACGCCAUUGUCCCACGCGGUAGAACAGGCCUCACUUGCCACCAUCCAACUGCUGCUGGACCGUGGAGGGGAUGUUCAUCAAGGGCAACUGCUGCACCAUGCUGUCGCCCGUCCAACGGAUACCAUCAAGGUGUUGGCCAUGCUGCUCGAGAGAGGUGCGCCUUUGAAUUCCACAAUGUACGAAAAGCACUAUGCGUCAUGGAGACUAUACUACUUCAUGGGUUUGGGAACCGCUCUACACAAAGCCGCGGAGUUGGGCAAAGCGGAUGUUGUGCGCUAUCUGGUCGAUCAAGGCGCGGACGUUGGUAUCAAAGUUGCCACGAACCGAAGUGCUAGGGAUUGGGCUGCGCUGAACAAUCAUCAGGAGAUCGUGGAGCUUCUUCAGUCUGUGGAGAGAAGACACCGUCUGUGA